AUGACAUCAAACACAAAGGCCCAGUAUCAAGUUCUCAAUCCAGCUGGCCGGGCAAUAUUGAAGCCGUGUCACUAUCACGCCGAGUUUGAGCUUACCAAUGACGAGUAUCCGCUGCACCUAUCAACUGGGCGCCGUCCACUACAUUUCCAUACGAGGACUAAGACUGGUCGUACAAAGGAACUUCAAGAAGGCGACCCUGAGCCUUACAUUCAGCUUGCAGAGCAAGAUGCAAGAUCACGAGGCAUCAAGGAAGGGGAUUGGCUUAUCGUCGAAUCAAGAAGAGGUAAAGUUGAGCUCAAAGCAAGAGUCGGGCUGAUGGCGGAGGGGCAGGUCUUUGUGCCAUUCCACUUCGGAUAUUUUGACGCACAGGACGGGAAAGCCAGAGCUGCUAAUGAGCUCACGCAAGAACGAUGGGAUCCAGUAUCGAAGCAACCAUUAUUUAAGUCCGGCGCGGUCAAAGUGACUAAAGUCGAAAAACAAGAUGAUGGUCAAGUGCACAUCCACGAACAGCAAACGUCCGCGAUCAAAUGCGUUGAGAAGACCCAGAAGCCGCAUACUGCAGGUUCGCGCAGCAAGCCACCUCAGCUCGAACGUUACUUGGAGUUUUGGCUGGCCAUAAUAUUCGACGCAUUCAAAAGUCUCCGCAGUAUUUGUGACGAUCUCAUUCCCCAAGUGGCGCAGGGAGAUUGGGAAGUAAGCAUUGGAAUGCAGGUCAUGCACCGGAUCAUCACUUCAUGCGUGGAUCAUUUCGAACCCUACGUAUUGAAAUAUCGCGCGGUCGGAGAUUUCGGCCACGACAUCAACGAUAAGCUGAAAGACAACCUCUUUCCAGCGGAUGUCAUUGGGCAUUUUUCGGGGUCUGAGUCCUUCGACACAUUGGUUGUCCUGCAAGGCUUUUACACAUUCUUGAGCCAGGUCGAAGCACAUCUAAUCACUUUGAGCCCCAGUGCCCAAGCGACGUGGGAUAAGGCCUUCAUUUCUGCUGUGGCGUUUGUUCAGACCCAAGUCGAAAGAAUGCAGGCUUGGACUAAGCAGCAGCUGAAGAGUCGUGGGCCACAGGCUCUCUUGGUGCCGUGCCAACCUGCAGCUGACCUUAAGAAGAGGUUCGAGGAGGGGAAAAGUGUCGAAGGAGUUCGCAAGGAUGAGGAAAUCGACAAGAGUGACUGA